AUGCUGUUGUCUUGAACGCCCUUCAGCACCACCACCAAGAUGAUGCGAACAGACACCCGAUUCGAUGUGAAACGUAAGAAGGUCGACUACAAGAAGACUCAGUUUGCAACUGCCACGUUCAAGGAGCAAGAUUAUCCUUACCGCUUAUCCUUCUACGAUGUCCCACCAACCCAGGAAAUCAGUUUGGAGGAAUUCGAAACUUGGGCAAUAGACAGAUUAAGAAUUCUUGCUGAGAUCGAGGCGUGCUCAUUCAGAAACAAAUCCCCGCAAGAAACCGCUGCCCAUCUCGAGCCACUACUCAAGAAAUACCUUCCUCUUGCUUCCAAUUCUGCUGCCCCUGGCGGUGUGAUCGACCAACGCUUGCGAAAUGAACGGCGCAAGGAUCACUACUCGCACUUCAUCCUCCGGCUGGCGUUCUCCGGAACAGAAGACUUGCGAAGACGCUUCUCUAGGGUGGAGACCAUGCUGUUCAAGCUCCGCUUCCAAGCAGACGACAGCAGGGAAAGACGGGCAUUCGUGGAAAGCAUAAAUUUGAAUUGGGAAUUGGUACAAGAGGAGGAAAAGCGAGAGUUGGGUGAGCAGCUCCUUUCUGCAACACCGGGUCUGCGCCGGUUGGAGGAUGAGAAUUGGUUCAAAGUCGAAUGGACACGAGUACCGGAAUUGGUCGAGCAUCGGACAGUCCUCGUCCGAAAAGGCAAAGCUUACGUACCUAUGCGAGAACAGACGAGCAUGGUACUGACGGAAUUUGCCAACCGCCUCGAGAAAGGCCUCGAGUUGACCGCUCGUGCGUUACCUCGUCUGGACGAAGACGACCGCCUAACCCCCAUCCUCAACCACCUCUCCAAGAACUUUGCGACGCCUGAUGCUGGCUACUCGGAGUCUGAUUCAUCAGUUGCUGGUGCUCCCAUUAGUGCAGCAAACGUUGACAACCUGUCCCAGCAUUUCCCUCUGUGCAUGAAGCACCUCCAUUCGACCUUGCGCAAAAACAACCAUCUCAAACAUUACGGAAGACUCCAGUACACACUAUUCCUGAAGGGUAUUGGCUUGACGUUGGAGGACUGUCUGCUGUUCUGGCGGCAGAGCUUCAAACUCAUCACCGAUGACCAAUUCAACAAGGAAUACCGCUACAAUGUCCGACACGCAUAUGGUGAUGUUGGUGGCGACGUAAAUCGUCGCGGAAGAGGCUACGCACCAUACUCAUGCCAGAAGAUCUUGACAGAACAUCCGCCUGGAAUAGGUGAAGCACAUGGCUGUCCAUAUCGACACUUCAGCGUGGACAAUCUCACCAGUAUGCUUCAGGCCACGGGCGUGCAUGACCGAGAAGUGCUGCGAGGCGUUAAAGAAGAUGUAGAAAAGAAGAGGUUUCAUAUUGCCUGCAACCGGGUCUUUGAUUGGGCGCACAAGGCAGAAAUCAAGAAAGUCAAGGACGAGGGCAUAUGGGGCCCUGCCGAGUUGGAGACCAUUGUUCAUCCGAACACCUACUUCAAGAGGUCCUACCUGUUGAGAAAUUUGGGCAACCUACCCAAGCAGGAUGUGAAGAUGGAAGAGUGAUUGAUGUUGUGCAUGACGAUUAUAGGCGCAUGGCGUUCAAGGAAGGAAUACCACAUGAUUUCCCGGCUUCGAGGACAGGAAAGCAUGAGAGCGUCGGCUGAUCAUGAGAUUCUCGAUUCAGAAGCGAGCCCAUUACUCUGCAUGGCGUUAUAAGACAUUUGCAAGCACUGACACGCUCAUUUUGCGGCGCUGGCCGCCCCUGACGGCUGGAUAGUGGUCACGUGCAAGGCUGAACUCCCCUGAUCGGUGCUGGUGCUUGAUUGUCGCACACAUUGGAAAUCGACCCGCACGAACGACCGCCUGGUAGCUGCAGCUAUCUCUCAGCUGCCUCGGGUAUAUACGGAAAAACAGAUGUCAUUACUGUACCUAACCGCUUAUUA